GCAAUCGAUCGUCAAUGGCCUGUUGGCCCUAUGACCGCUAGUGGGGAAUCUAUUUGGGGCGACUUGUAGAUCUCGUACGACACAAAAUCAGUACGCAUCGACACUUAAGGUGAGACGCAGACUUACGAUUUUAAUUUAUAAAAUAAUAAAUAAGAUAUACAGGAAGAUAUUUGUUUUGUUAAUUAAAUAAAAUUGUAUAUUUAUUGAUUCAAAUAAAAAUAAUUUAAAAAUUGAUCGUUUUCUAUUCGGUAAAGCAUUGAGGGAUAGUUGCCGUCAUAAAAAGGAAAAUUACCUAAUUAUGGCUAGUGACGAUCCUAUUGCAAAUGCACCACUUGCUUCUGUUGAGUUUGAAGUAUUUGGAAAAGUUCAGGGCUGUUACUUUACAAAAUAUACACGUGAUUUAUGUAGAUCAUUAGGAAUUGUCGGCUGGGUAAAAAACAGUAAAACCGGUAGUAUUUUAGGAAAAAUGCAAGGACCUAAACCAUAUGUCGAUCAAAUGGCCCACUGGCUGACGACUGUCGGCAGCCCAGGAUGUCAAAUUCAUCACACAGAAUUCACGAAUUGGGAAACAAUCCGAAGGACAUCGUACCGAGAUUUUGGAAUACGUUUUUGAUUUUUGAUUUUUACUAUCGAUUAAUUAUUACUUAUUUAUAACUCAUCCAUGAAUUAUUUUUUUAAUUUAUUAUUAAUUUAAUAAUUAUUAAUAAUAUAAGAUACUAAAUAUACUUAUAAUAUCAUAGAGAUUAAAAAUAUUUUACCAAACGUCCAGGAUAAAAAGGACAAUUUCUUCCUUUGUAUCUAUUUUA